CUCUCUCUCUCUCAGCUCUGAUGCUGGAGGACAGGCAACGGCGCAGCAGCAUCGGUGGAUCGGCUCGUGGGUUUACGGUCGGACAGAUAAUUUUCUCUUGGUGCGUUACCGGACACGGAGGAAUUGGGUUACUGACCAUGGGGUCAUCGCCACCACGGUCCUCAGCAUCUUCAGCGGUAUCAGCGCCACACUUUACUGUCUUAACUGCAGCGCGAGAUCACGACGACUAGAAUAAAACUCUGGCAUUUCGUCGAUCAUCACAUCGGGGAACUUUCUUUCCCCUUUCUUUCUAUCACUAAUCACAAAUCGUGAAGGAUGGAGAUUAAACAAUUCCUGCUGUCGAGUGUUACUCUGCUCUUCAUUGGAGGGGAUAUUUUUACCAGGGCCAUGCUGAGUGACAUUGGGGACUAUGUAGGUACCGACAUUGAAAUAUCCUGGUUACCUAAUCUGGAUGAUUUAAUGAAGGGCUAUGCCAGAAAUUUUCGCCCUGGGAUAGGAGGUCCACCCGUGAACGUGGCCAUGGCUAUUGAAGUGGCCAGCAUUGACCACAUUUCUGAAGCCAACAUGGAAUAUACUAUGACUGUGUUCCUGCGGCAGAGUUGGCAUGAUGACCGCCUAUCUUACAAUCACACCAACAAGACGCUCGGGUUGGAUAGUCGAUUCGUGGACAAGUUGUGGCUCCCUGACACUUUUAUUGUCAAUGCCAAAUCUGCUUGGUUCCAUGAUGUCACUGUGGAGAACAAGUUGAUCCGCUUGCAGCCAAAUGGAGUCAUUCUAUACAGCAGCCGAAUCACUUCAACAGUGGCAUGUGAUAUGGACCUGACAAAGUACCCCAUGGAUGAACAAGAAUGUAUGCUAGACCUGGAAAGCUAUGGUUACUCAUCAGAGGACAUUGUAUAUCACUGGUCUGAGAGUCAGAGACACAUCCAUGGCCUAGACAAAUUGGAGCUCUCCCAGUUCACUAUCACAGACUAUCGUUUUGUCACUGAAAUGUUGAACUUUAAAUCUGCUGGAAGAUUUCCCAGACUCAGUCUUCGCUUCGAACUGAGACGUAAUCGAGGUGUCUACAUCAUCCAAUCAUAUAUGCCUUCAAUUUUACUGGUUGCCAUGUCUUGGGUGUCCUUUUGGAUCAGUCAAUCAGCAGUCCCUGCUCGUGUAUCCUUAGGGAUCACGACUGUUCUAACAAUGACCACGCUGAUGGUAAGUGCCCGCUCCUCCCUGCCUCGAGCGUCAGCCAUCAAGGCGUUAGACGUCUACUUUUGGAUCUGUUAUGUGUUUGUGUUCGCUGCUCUCAUUGAGUAUGCCUUUGCACACUACAAUGCUGACUACAGACUCAAAGAGAAGGCCAAGGUGAAGGCCAACAAGCUCAGCUCUGAGUCUAUUGUAAAGAACGGCAAACAGGCUAUGGUUCUGUUUUCCUUGUCUGUUACUGGCAUGAACCAGAGUGUGAUGAUCUCCAACCGUCCUGGACGGGCCCAGCACGCCAGCAGUGAAAUUCCUGGAGAGGGCGGCAGUGAGGAGACUGAGCCGAGGAGGAGACGGUCUAAGCAGGCAGAGGAGACAAAGGAUGAAAAGAAGUGCUGUUCCAAGUGUGUCUGCAAGCCCAUUGAUGCUGACACAAUCGACAUCUAUGCCAGAGCUGUGUUCCCUUUUACUUUUGCUGUGGUGAACGUGAUCUACUGGGUGGCCUACACCAUGUGAAAGGAAACAGUGUGUCUGUGCGAAUGGCUGCCAUGUAGGGCUGUAUAUUGGACACUGCUGGAGCUGUGCAGCUACAAUGCUGUCGGACUGAUGCAGCUGAAAUAAACUGUAGGCCUGUCAAAAAUUACUAUUUAGGACAGACAAGUGAACAAAUAAAAAGAAGAAAAUAAUUAAAGUCUGUGAGUAUGGACACUUGGUAAUUAACAAAAGUAGUAAUGAGUUUAAAAAGUGUAAAAAAUACUUAUUAUAUUUAAAUUCAAACACUGAUCCUGAAAUGUUUGGUACGAAGGCAAAGGACAAUGUUGCCUGUUACAAGUUCACAUACUGUGCAGACAGUUCAGCCAGCAAGUUAGAUUUCAGUAUGUUAUAUAAACUCUACGAAAGACAUAAUGGCAUAUUAUCUGACCUAAAGUUCCAACCUUAAGAUGACAUUUUUAAAGACAAAUGCGUAUUGUUCUUUAACUCUCUUGAAGACAUAAUCUGGAGUGAACUUGUAAUGUUUGAAAGCAUUACCCAGACUAGAGGAUAACAAGAUGAGGUGUACUCCUAUUCUGCAUGGCUCAUGUCUCACCCACUUCCCCUGCCUUCAUCACAUCCUCUUCAUCCUCCACCCUUUUAAUUUCAAUUUUUUUUAUUUUAUUAGGACACCUCUUGAAGUGUCUUAUCUCCUUCUGCCAGUUCUGCCUGUUUCCUCGCCAUUAAAGGACUUCCUCCAGUA